GAGUUAGAACGAGAUUUACCGGAAGCUGGAUGACAUGCUGAAGAAAUGUAAAUAUUGUUUUCUAGAUUGUAAUAAUUUAUAUUCUUAAAAAUAAAUUCAGUAUACAUACAAAGCCACCACAAUACAAUCAUGCCAGUAAUCUGCUCAUCGUGUGAUAAAUCAGCUAUUCUGAAAAGACCGAAAACUGGCGAUGCUUUAUGUAAGAAAUGUUUUUAUUACGCGUUUGAAGAAGAAGUACACCAUACAAUAAUAAAUUCUAAUUUAUUUGUACGAGGUGAAACUGUUGCUAUUGGAGCCUCUGGAGGAAAAGAUUCUACAGUAUUAGCGUAUGUGUUAAAAGUAUUAAAUGAAAGAUAUAAUUAUGGUAUAAAGUUGUUAUUACUGUCUGUAGAUGAAGGUAUUACAGGAUACAGGGAUGAUUCACUUGAGACUGUUAAAAGAAAUGAACAACAAUAUGAAAUGCCACUUAAAAUAGUUUCUUAUGAGGAAUUAUAUGGUUGGACUAUGGAUGCUAUUGUUAAACAGAUUGGUUUAAAGAAUAACUGUACAUUUUGUGGUGUUUUUAGACGACAAGCUUUAGACAGAGGAGCCAUGAUGUUGAAAGUUGAUAGAAUUGUAACAGGUCAUAAUGCUGAUGAUAUUGCUGAAACUGUCAUAAUGAACGUACUAAGAGGUGAUAAAGCCAGAUUACGUAGAUGUACAGCUAUUACAACAGGUACAGAAGGAGCUUUACCUAGAAGUAAACCAUUUAAAUAUACUUAUGAAAAGGAAAUAGUCAUGUAUGCAUACUUUAAGAAAUUAGAUUAUUUCUCUACAGAGUGUAUCUAUUCUCCUAAUGCUUACAGAGGAUUUGCCAGGGCAUAUAUAAAAGAUCUUGAAAAAAUACGACCUAGAUCUAUUAUAGAUAUAAUUCAUUCUGGAGAGAGUCUCUCUUUUAAAAAAGAAGUUAAAAUGCCAGUACAAGGAACCUGUAGUCGAUGUAAAUAUAUAUCUAGUAAUGAAAUAUGUAAAGCUUGUGUUUUAUUAGAGGGUUUAAAUAGAGGUCUUCCAAGAUUAGGGAUAGGAAAAGAACAUAAAGAACGUAGGAAGGCUGAUGAGAUGUUGAAAGAAGAGAACUGUAAUACAGGUUGUAAUAAUACUCAAACUAACGGUGGUCAGACAUCUUGUAAUGGUCAUGUGUGUUGUAAGGAUAAGAUAAAUAGAACUGUUCCUACAUCGCAGAUAGAAAAACUUGAUAUUAAACCAAAACCUAUCAGACCGGAUCCAUCAAAUAUAGAUUUUUGAUGAAAUAUUUAUUGUUUUAAAAUUAGAUGGAUUAUUUUAUUGCAAUCUGAUUAAAAUACAGAUCUAUAUUUCUUUUCGUUUUUUUAUAAAUUCGAUGGCCUCUACUACAUGAAGAUCUGACCGGUUGUAGUGGAAGGUGAUACGAGCGACUUUUGACCCUAUGACAUCAGACAUUUGAUUAACCAAUCAGCGUUGAUGUUUCUAAUGGGUUACUCACACUUCUGUGCACCUCACGUCCAAAAAUUGCUGUAACAGACAGUUUCAUUGGCUAAUCCCUCGCAUCGUCAAGACUGCGAGUUAUAUAACAAAUCUUCCAGAUCCUAGCACAGUAAAGAUAAGUUAAACAAAAUUUUGAACUAUAAAAAACGAAAUGAAAUAGGAUCUGUGUUUUGAUCAGAUUGAUUUUAUUGUCAACUCCUCAUUUUAUUCCUUGGUCACAUCUAUGUUGCAAUAUUUAUUUUAUUGAAUAAAGAUUUUAUCUUUC